CUUUCCGACUUUGUCGAUUUCUCUCAGGAUACGCUAAAGUAUGCUGCGCUGUCCAUUGCAUUCAACCCCAUAUUCUGGAAGUAAGUAUUCUCAUCUGCAAACCGCAAUUCCGAUUCGCAAUUGCUUUACUCCAUGCUUUGCAAUCCGGUUUCACUGCUAACCUCGGCCGCUUCGGCGGACUCCAGUAUUGUUGCCCGUGCCGGUAGCUUCCCAUCCCUCCAACACCCCAAAUGCGACAAUCUGGCGGGCACCUUCUAAUACUAUCCGUAGAGCAUCGAAGCCACUAUUUGACUCGUAUUUUUGGUAGCCCAUACUAUGGCUGCUACUUCCUCGCCGCCACCAUCUUCUCACUAGGAAUCCUACGCGACCACAUCUACCAGUUGGCUCUGGAAGACCAGCCAUACUAUGCCCCAGUGCACCAACCCAUCCUCGGCGGCGGUCUUUUUGCCGUGGGAUCUGUCCUCGUUCUGUCAAGCAUGUAUGCACUUGGCGUCACCGGUACCUACCUCGGAGAUUACUUUGGUAUCCUAAUGGAUGCCCCGGUGACGGGCUUCCCUUUCAACGUUACCGGCUCCCCAAUGUACUGGGGAAGUACUCUAAACUUCCUGGGCGUUGCGCUCUACAGUGGCAAGGUUGCGGGCAUUUUGCUUACGGCCUUUGUCUUUGUUCUCUAUUGGUUUGCCUUGAAGUGGGAGGAUCCUUUCACCGCGGAAAUCUACGCAAAGCGCGAGCGCGAGCGCGCAAAGUCGAAACGAGGCGGCAAAAACCAGUAAAUUGCCCAACCAUUGCUCCUGACGACAAACUUAGAAGCAGAGAACAAACAAGUUCAACGAAGGAUAGAAGAGGCCGAUGUUGAGAUUAAGACUUGAGCAUUCAACAUUCAUGAAGAUGAAAGGGGGAGAAUAAUUAACUCGGCAUGACAAGACCAGGUACAGGACAAA